AUGGACGAACCUUGGGACGACUGGGAAGUUGCUGCUGACGCCGAUUUAGAGCCAAAGCCUGGAAGAAUUACCGACGAUCAUGAAAAAAAUAAGCAAAUAUGGCAAGAAGCAAAUGCCUUUGCACAGCCCGAAAUCAUCCGUACAAAUUCAACUCGAACGGAAUAUGUUCCUCAACUACAUAUUUUAAAACGACCAAAGAAUCCAGGCUCCACGACCACAACACAUUCACCCAGUAUUGAUGAUGCAAAUGGGUCCUCAAACGGCGCUCAGCACAAAAAAUCACUUGCUGAUCGUGAGGCUGAAUAUGUGAUAGCUAGACAAAAAAUUUUUGGAGAAAACAAUGUCACCCACGAGAACAUUACAGAAUUUGAAAUUGCUAAUGAUGGCGAAAGGAACGAAAUUCAAAAGGAGAAAGUUGUUGACCUUCAGGGUGACAAUGGUAAAAAGAAUAGGAUGGAAGAUAUCCGUUCUCGUAAACCACUGACUACCGAGAAGGGUGCUACGUCCGAAGGACUGUAUUCACAAAACAUCGAUAUCCUGAGACAACCUCGGUCACCUAACAAUGAAAAUUCGAGUGGCUUUAAUCGAGGCACACGAAAUCCAAAAUCUUGA